AUGCUCCCUAGCGACCGCAGAGCAGUGGAGAUGAACUGCCCAAAGUCGCUGAAGUCUUGCCCAGCCAACGGUUCCACCAAGCUCACCCUGCAUCACAACCGCUUCGCGUGCGCUGUGCCAGAGAGCAUCAGCCACAGCGAGGUGCUGAGCCUGACAGUCAUGGGGAACAUGCUGGGAGAUGGACAGGAGUUACUGGCGUCAUGGAUCUCCGAGGAAGAGCUGCAGCCUUUCCUGUACUAUUCUCCAAGGGUUCUUGAGUCCAGCUUGCUCGUCCUGGCUGGUUUCCUGGCAUUGCUGUUGGCUGGGAUGCUGUGCGGUCGGCGACUUAAGAGAAGACUUUCCAAAGAGUCUCGCAGGUUCGACUUGGGUUCCAGAGCUCGGGUGGCUUCCUCCAGCUUUGCUGUGAUGAGAAGCUCUUGCUGCGCUCUGCUGUUGUCGAGUCCGCUUUUGUUGAUAUUCGGCCUCGGCGGCCGGUUCUACGACUGCAGCCCGCCGCUGUGGCAAACCACCGUUGCAAGCCUCAAGGCUGAGAGUGUCUUACCCGACUUGGGCGUGGUCGCAUGCUGGUGUGCCAUGCAGUUGCUCUUCCGAAGCCUGGUCCUCGGCAUCCGCAAGAAGCCGCGACCAGCAGAGAAGCUCGCAGGGCGGAAGACGGCAAGGGCCUUUGCGUGGCUUCUUUGGAUCUGCAUCGUCAGCUUUCUAUCUCUGCCAUCAGUCUUCUUCACCUUUGCUCAGUCGGUUCCGGCACAAAAUGUGUGGGAUCUUGAUGACGGCACAUUGAAGCUGUUCCACGCGACGGCGCCGGUGCAGGCAGUUCUGAUAGACAUGGUGCUGGCCUGGCCACUUUCAACCAGCUUCUCGAGCCUGACGGGAAUCAGGCCUGACAGGUUACUGAUGACGUUCCGACUUUUUUCCGCAUGGCUCUUGGCGGUAUUGACGACGUUAUCCUUGGACGAGAACUGUUACGGAGGCUGGAAGCUGGCGUGGAAAGUUUGCCAGGAGGGAUCGGAGGAACACGGCAAGUUCACCUGGAAGAUCUUCGAAGAGGAGAUCUUGAACACGCAGCGGGACAUCUGCGGUUUCAGCAGCGCUUUCUGCUUCGAAGACCGUUGCAGCCGUGCCAUCGUCGGUGGCUUGACGCCCUUUUUGCUAAAGAAGCUACUGGUCCGGAGCACGAUGCAGCCGUUGAUCCUCUGGCUGGCCUGGCACCUCUCUCGCUUGGAGCCCGAAGGGGGGGAUCCUGCAAAAGGCCGCCAUCGGAGACUGCUGGGAAUCUGGCCUAAGACCACCGGAUCCCUGUUGCCCUUGCGACAGAUGGCGCUCUUGACCACACAGAUGCUGGGUCCUUGUUUAGGGUUCAGGGUUUAG